AUGAUUUUCAUGGAAAUCGUUCCAUGCGUACUGCAAGUACUCUGUUUCGCGUCAAUGUUACUUCAUGUAUGGAAACAUGAUCGGUCAACACGCACCCUAACAAAACAGUUACGUUUUAACCAUCGGGUAUCUUUUAAAACCCAUCACGAGAAGUCUGCAGUAAUAAUGAUGGGUAUUGUGAUAGGAGUGUUUGUUGUGUGCUACGGAAUAUAUUUGCGUUGUAGUCUGUUAGUAGUAUUCGACACAAAUGCAUCAUGUAAAGAUGAACAAUACAAAAUUCCUGUCUUGGUUUUAAACUCGGCCAUUAACCCACUGUCUUAUGCUUUUUUCAAAAGAGACAUAAAGAAAGAGUUUAAAAGGCUUAUCAGUCAGGUGGUUUCAUUUAGGCGGAAAAGUAACCAAGUAGAGCCUUCCACUUGA